UAUAAGUCCUUCUUUGCUAUUCAUCACUUGUAAUUCUCUCUUAAAAAAAUCUGCAUUUUCUUGAAAAUGAGAAAAAGAGUUGUUGCCAUGAAAAUUUGUGAUUAUUCUUUAUUGGCUUGUCUUGUGGUUACUUUUUUUAUAAGUCGUUUUGGUGAAGCAAGAGAGUUUGAUGUUGAUGGAAAAGAAAAUUCAUGGAAGAUACCUUCUUCACCUGAUGAAUUUAAUAAGUGGGCUGAGAAAACUCGUUUUCAGAUUGGAGAUUAUAUUGUUUUGACAUAUGAUCCAAACUCAGACUCAGUACUACAAGUGAAUGAAGAAGACUACAACACUUGCAACAAGGCCCAACCCAUAAAAUCAUAUCAAGAUGGUGAAACCAAGAUUUUGCUUGACAAUUCAGGCCCAUUUUUCUUCAUAAGUGGAGCAAAUGGACAUUGUGAAAAUGGCCAAAAACUUGAAGUUAAAGUUUUGUCACCUCAACAUAGUUUACCAAAGGAUCAUUCUCCGGCGUCGGCUCCGGUGGAUUCUCCGGUGAAAUUCCUCCCUCCGGCACCGUCUCCGGCAAGUGGAAGUGGUGGCCUAAAAGUUGGGAUCAUUGAAGGGUUCAUUGUUAUGUUUGCAACUUUUGUUGUUCUUGCAUUUAUUUAGUCUUAGUUUUAAAUUUUAGGUUUUUUUUUUUUUUUUUUAACAUGACUUGUUUUUGAAAAUUAUGUUGGUAGUUGUUUAUUAUUAGUAGUAUUUCUUUUGUGGUUUUUGGUUAUCUUUGGCACAUUAUUGGAGACAUUAGCUUUUUGUGCAAUCUUGUUUUUUAUUUCCAACA